AUGUCUGACAUCUUAGUUAAUAAAGUAUUUUAUAAUAUACAAGAAGUAAAUUAUUUCAUUCUAAUUACUUCAAAGAACUUCAAAGAACGAAAACAGCAAAGCGAUGACCAAAUUAAGGAAUUUUGGAAUGCAAAACCUUACAAGUCAAGCGGUCAUCAAAUUAAGGAAUUUAUGAAUGCAAAACCUUUACCAGCAAACGAUGACCAAAUCAAGGAAUUUAUGAAUGCAAAACCUUACCAGUUAAGCGAUGAUCAAAUCAAGGAAUUCAUGAAUGCAAAACCUUACCAGCAAACGAUGACCAAAUUAAGGAAUUUUUGA